AUGACGAACCAAAGCAUCAAGAGGCCUAACCCUCCCCUCCCUGACAGCGUAUUCGCCAUGUUCUCCAUGAAAGGCAGAGUCGCUAUUAUCACUGGUGGUUCCGGCGGAAUCGGGUAUGAAGUUGCGCGCGCCCUUGCCGAAGCUGGCGCCGACAUCGCCCUCUGGUACAACUCUUCCCCGGCCGAGAAGUUAGCAGAGACACUGGUGAAGGAUUUUGGGGUCCGGGCCAAGGCGUAUAAAGUGGCCGUGCAGGUGUUUGAGCAGGUCCAGGCCGCCAUAAAUGCCGUUGUGGCCGACUUCGGCGGGCUGGACGUUAUGAUUGCGAAUGCGGGCAUUCCGUCCAAGGCAGGUGGACUCGACGACAGACUCGAGGACUGGCACCGGGUCGUGGAUGUGGACUUCUCGGGCGCGUACUACUGUGCGCGUGUUGCGGGCGAGAUCUUCAGGAAGCAGGGGCAUGGCAAUCUCAUCUUCACAGCAAGCAUGAGCGGGCAUGCUGUCAACGUGCCGCAGCAGCAGGCCUGCUACAACGCCUGCAAAGCGGGCAUUAUCCACCUCGCCAAAUCGCUCGCCGUCGAAUGGGCCGACUUUGCCCGGGUCAACAGCGUCAGUCCUGGGUAUAUCGACACGGCCAUUAGUGGAGACUGUCCGUUUGAGAUGAAAGAGGCGUGGUAUGGACUUACGCCGUUGAAGAGGGAUGCGGAUCCACGAGAGCUCAAGGGGGUGUAUCUGUACCUGGCGAGCGAUGCAAGCACAUAUACGACGGGGGCUGAUAUUGUCGUUGACGGGGGAUAUACGUGUCGAUGA